AUGACUUGUUCGUCUUGCAGUAAGUAAACUUCUAGCCUGAUGGACUUGGAUCCCCCACCUAUCCUCUUACCUGUACCUGGUCAAUCAUUAAUGUCUCCAUGUCUAAUAGACAGACAGGGAUUGUUUAGGUCAAUACGGAAACAACAGGACAGAAGCUAGUGGAAACCGCUCCAAACACCCACAGCCUCAUCCAGAUCCCUGAUCCAGGGAAGUUAAAAGGUGGUGGACGGAGUGUCGAGUAAUAUUUCUAUGUAGAAUGGGAAGAGGGGCCAACUGUAGCUGGAUUGGGCCUGAGAUCCCUCUGUCAUCAGAAAUCUUCAGCGCCAUUAAAGAUGAACUAUGGCUUUUUCUCAUCCCGGCUGGCCUGGCUGCCAUCUUACUGGGGCUGUUUCUGGAAGAAGUGGGCUUCUUCCUGCGCCACAUUUCCUCAUCCAGACGAAAACGCUUGUAUCUGUGGAUAUUAGGAAUGUACCCGGUAUUUGGAUUGACCUCCCUUAUAGCGCUGUAUGUGCCACGCUCUUCCUCGCUGUGUAACUUCAUUGCUUCACUGUAUCACUCCAUGACCUUGCUGAAAUUCAUGGGACUGAUCACAGACUUUUUUGGGGGCAAAGCUCGUAUGCUGGCUGCUUUGUCUGGACAACGGGUGUCUCCAAAUCCUUUCCCCUGUUGCUGCUGCUGCUGUCUCCCGAUGGUGGCCAUCAACAGCAGCAGCCGUGGUUGGAUGAUGGCUGCUGUGCUGCAGCUCUCUGUUGUCCGCAGCAUCUUGUUCUUUGUCACUCUCAUCCUGUGGACAGAUGAACAGUACGACUAUGGUGAUGUGGACUCAGUCAACCCCAACCUCUAUGUGAAUGGUAUCAUAUGUGUGUCAACCUUCGUGUCUUUCUAUGGUCACCUGUUGUUUUACAAAGCCACCAAGAGUGCUCUGCAUGGAUAUGGACUGAGAGCCAAGUUUAUCUGCAUCAUUGUAGUGCUGGUGCUGUGUGGCCUGCAGAGUGGCAUCCUAGAGACUAUGGGGGCUCUGGAGGUUAUCCCCUGCACACCACCCUUCUCUGUCCUGGCCAGAUCCCAGUUGAUCUACCACUAUUGUGUGAUUGUGGAGAUGUUCUGCAUUGGCCUGUAUGCCCGCCACACUUUCCGUAAGGUGGAGCCAAGUGUGGUGGAGGAGGUGGAGGUGCCAGUCGGUGUCUGGCAAGUGGAAAAAUCUGUUCAAACAGAUGCUGUUGAGAUGACACAUCACAAGCUUGGCCCGCUAUCAGAGGAGGCUCGGCCCGGUCGCCGCCUCAUCAGUGCCUCCAAUCCAAGUUACAGCGAGGAAAACUUGUGCAGGAUAGAGCAUGCACCUCUGGAUGGUUUCCCCUUUCCUCAGGCCAGAGGUCAGCAGUCAGGCAGGACAGAACCAGUGAAGCCCAGUUCUGCAGUGGAGCCUGAGGAAGAUCUCACCCACAUUACUAUCAGGGCUGAUAUUAACUAUCAGGGCUGUAAGGAUGUCACUGUGGUUUAAUCAGCUAUGGAAAACCUUUCACAAAAGACUUAAUACGAUGUACAUCUAAGCUUAACCACUGAAGACACUGGUACUGGUUUGGGUCUGUGUGGGUCCUGGAGGACUUUUCCCAAGAACUGUACACCCUGUGCCAUCAUAAAUAAGGCAAAAAGUAACACACAUUCUUAUCUAACACAGAGGAAACUGUGCAAGGGUGAUAAAUCUCCCUCUUCAGUUGCUGCAGUCAUCACAUCUUUUUAGCUCACAAGUUUAAGAAUAAUGCUGCCACAAAACUACAACUUGUUUUUUUGCUGCUUUUACCUCUUUAAAAUCCCCCCAUGUGUGUCUUGUUAUAUAUUCAUAAUAUUUUUUAUUUUAUAUUUUAUUGCUGAUUCCACACAAACUGUGAUAAUUCAUAAAAAGGAAAAGGAAUGAUGAAUACAUGAGAACAUGGAAACCUUCCUGUACCACAAUGUACAAGUUUACCUUCAGCAUUGCUUCUCCUCAAUCUACUGUGGCUUGGAUUGUACCUCAUUCAUGCAUAGCUUUUUCUUCCCCAGACUUAAACACUUUUAAACACAUUUAAAGCAAAACUGAAAAUAAA